AUGUCUUCCUAUUCAUAUUCAUCGCUUCCAGCAAAUGGCGACGACAUCCGCCUGCUUCGAUUAUUACCUAGUGAAGAUGAGGCUGCACUUUUGCAUUGCGAGCUUCGAGAUUAUUCUCUACGAAGAUCAACUCCACGAACUAACUUAAGUAUCCAAGAUGGAAGAGAAUAUAAAGUCUUGGCAAAGGAAUUUAGUCAAGCGUCAGUGUUUUCGAGAGUAGAGCCUGGAGGAUAUCUAGAGAAAGCAACUAGAUUGUGGAACAAUAUAGCGAUAUUGUAUGAUUUGGAAGAAUACAAAGAAGCAGAUAAGAGACUUGAAGCAGUACAAGAUGAGUACUAUUUGGCAGAAUUUGGUAGAAUGCCAUCAUCGUAUGAGUCGGAGAAUGCAAAGGAUGGGCAAGGUGGUCGAAACCCGCUAUCGCUUGUUAUUUCAAAUGGAUAUGGAGCUAUUGUGAAACUAGUACUCGCUUCUAGCCAGAGUGAAGUCAACUUGAAAGAUGCUUGGGGUUGGACGCCAUUAUCAUGGACUGCUAAGUGUGGGCAUGAGGCUGUUGUAAAGCUACUACUUAAUAAUGAUCAAGUUGAAGCUGAUUCGAAAGAUAAUCAGCAUCGGACGCCAUUAUCUUGGGCUGUUGGAAACGGACAUGAAGCUAUUGUGAAACUACUAAUCGCUUCUAGCCAGGUUGAAAUUGAUUCGAAGACUAGCUUCAAUCAAACAUUGUUAUUUCCGGCUGCUAAGAAUGGGUAUGAGAUAAUUGUCAAACUAUUAUUAGCAAUUGGCCAGGUUGAAGCUGACUCAAAGGAUUGUGUCAAGCGAACAUCGCUAUCAUGGGCUGCUGAGAAUGGUUAUGAAGCUGUUGUGAAGCUACUAUUAGCAACCAGCCAGGUUGACGCUGAAUCGAAGGACAUAUUCAAUAUAGCGCCGCUAUCAUACGCUAGGGGAUCCGAUCAUGUGGCUAUUGUUAAACUAUUAAAGAACCAAGCUAGAAACCAUACCGCUUAG